GUCCGGUAUCUACCUAGCCACUCGCACUAAAUAUACUUGUUACAGCUCUAGCCAAACAAUAGCAGCGCUCGGUAACAUCCAUCAACCGAAUAAUUCAGGACGAACAAACGACACGAGCACACAACACUGUAGCAGGCCAGGCGGACGAUUCGGGAAGGGGAGGGACUAGGAGACGAAGAAUAUCAAAAACCAUGGCUGCUCUCGUACCUUUCAAUCUGCGCAUGCUCAUCGUCAGUGUUGGCAAUCCUCCCCCGCUUCAUGAAACACUACACUCGGCCGGUCAUAUGGUUCUGCGCCAGCUGCAACAACACCUCGACACAACCGACUCGUACCAGCCUGGCUUUUCGACACAACGCUUCGGCACCAAGAACUGCAUCGCCUCCAUCGGUCCCAAGUACACACUCGUGCAGUCCCCAACACAGAUGAACAUUGUCGGCCCGUGGCUUGCUUCGGCCUGGAAACAACAUUCAAAGCUCCCUUCAGAUCAACACCCGGCUCUCGUAGUGUUGCAGGAUGAAUUAGAACUAGAGUUUGGCAAGGCCCUUACCCGCGAGUGGGCGAGCAGCCACAAAGGCCACAACGGCAUCCGCAGUGCACAGCAGAGCUUGCCGCCAAGCAUACACAAAGACCAGCGGUUCGCUCGCGUCCGCAUCGGAAUAGGGCGACCGCAGGAGCGGGAUAGGUCGCACGUUAGCGACUACGUGCUGAGGCGCGCCACACGGGAUGAGAAGGAAAUACUAGAGGAUCACACAGCCCCGAGUGUGGUUACGAUACUCGGCGAGCUUGAAAAGAAAUGGCGAAGGGCGUACAUGCAGAGCCUCAAGCGUGAUGCUUCCCCGUAGGACGUUUGUACCGGUAUAUGCCACUCACGCUAGUGCGCUACCUGCAUCAACACCAACAAGCCACAGUGCCUAGGGCGCACGCACAUGACAACGGUGGCGGCCCUGGUAUAAACGGGAGUUUCCGCAGACCAUGGUGAGGUGCACUUCAGGCAGGUGUAUUGAAACCUGCCGGUAAGCCGGAUAUAACUGUCCGCUAGCUUCUGAACCGUGCAGCCGGUAAUGGUUGCAUUCGCCGGCUGACAAUUGCCUAUCUGAGCAAGCGACUUGGCCGAGUACCAUCAAGCCAUAUCUCAAUACCUGCCAACCAACUGAGACAACCCCAUUUCCCAAGAUCCCGAGAAAUUCAAGUCUCCACACUUCACACGUGCUGAGGUCAGUGCCCAGAGAUAAGGAAUCGUUCCUGGGCCCAAUCUACUGGACACGCCUUUGUCUACCAGCCAAUGUGUUUGGACCUAUAGUUCAAUGGAGAACUGAUAAGCGUUCGUUUUAUUAAUUUUAUUCUGGGGUCAAAUCGUUGCUGGUAGCAUCCCCACGUCCACAUCCUGGUAUCAUUAAUUAUCCCGAACACCGGUAUCCAUUCACACUGUUGGGCUGAUUCAAUAUUGCAUCGCUUUGAGUUGAAGAUAAAGAUGGUGACUCAAAUCGGCUCAGCUCCGCAUCUUGUCCUACCUAUCGAAACGCCUUACGCUGACCUCUGCAUCUUGCGAUAGAUGCAAACAGGCUCUUGUGUCUGCGACAGCAGUAUUCAAAGGGCAACAAACGCGUCAGCAGCGUGCACUUUAUGAAUAUCACUGGCGCCAUCAAGCGCUCUGCAUAUGAAGCUAGCUGGCAGUUUAACUUCAGAUUAAGCCUUGGAGAGACUUUAAUUAACAAGUCCUAGCGAGUAUGACAGGGCUGGCUUGACCAACACAACCCUACGUUUCCUAGGGGAAAUAACCCGAUAGCUGGAUGCCAGUGCAUUCUCUGAUUGGCCCGUAUUCACAGUUCUCCUUAUCUUGCCAUUUUUCUGUAACAUAUCUCCUCAAACUUGGCCCGCGUCAUACGAGCAAGACACUCAAAUGUUCCUCUGUCUGGGCAGCUGAGUUCCGUUAUCAGUGACCCCAAAUACAACUCCCUCAAUGGUGGAGGUCCAUCUGCCCAGCCCGACUAGUCCGAGGGUCUCUAUUUGCGAGAGUCCCAUUCGGGAAGUCUUCCAUUAUGCCUUAGCUGCGUGGUCCCUGCAUCCUGUCUCUUGGUGUUUAGCUGCCCCCGGUGUCGGCUGAUCCUUGCUCCCACGCCGAGCUUUGAUGUUUGUCUAUCUGGUUCGGUAAGGUGUGACCGCGACGUUAUAUCUUCUGGCUACGUCCACCCCAACAAACCUUGUUGCUUAAUUUUCGUGUUUGGCUCGUUGGUUUCUGCAUUUUAGAUGUUUUGUUUUCUUUCCUGAGAGCAGAGCCUCCGGAUCGGACCAUUGUCUAUUGAGUGUCGACUAGACAGUGAACACAUCGCCCACCAUGUCUUCCUCUCCUGUCGAAUACAACGGCACCCUGCCGACGGGUGGUGACUCGUUGACGGAGGAUCUCAACAUUUACUACUCCAGCGGCGACUUUGCCUGGAUGAUGACCUCGUCCGCCCUCGUCUUGCUCAUGAUUCCGGGUGUCGGUUUCUUCUACUCCGGACUCGCCCGCAGAAAGUCUGCCCUCGCCUUGAUAUGGUUGUCGCUCAUGUCGAUAGGAGUAGCGAGUUUCCAAUGGUUCUUCUGGGGUUACUCACUGGCUUUUUCGCACACUGGGGACAGCGGCUUCAUCGGCGACCUGGCCAACUUUGGUUUGAAGGAUGUGCUCGGCCAGCCUUCGGUUGGCAGCUCCAAGCUCCCGGAUCUACUAUUUUGUCUUUACCAGGGCAUGUUUGCCGCCAUUACUCCUGCUCUCGCCAUCGGAGCUGCAGCUGAUCGCGGCCGAAUGCUACCGGCUAUGGUCUUUGUCUUCGUCUGGUCCACCAUCGUUUACGACCCGAUCGCAUACUGGACCUGGAACCCGAACGGCUGGUCCUUCAAGCUCGGCGGCCUCGACUUUGCUGGAGGAACUCCCGUGCACAUUUCUUCCGGCGCCGCGGCGCUCGCUUACUCGCUUAUGCUGGGCAAGCGCGUUGGCUACGAGUCAAACGCCGGCAUGCCUUUCAGGCCACACAAUGUCACCCACGUUGUGCUCGGCACCGUUAUGCUGUAUGUUGGUUGGUUCGGCUUCAACGGUGGUUCGGCACUCGCUGCCAACCUCCGUGCCGUCAUGGCGCUGCUGGUGACCAACAUCUCAGCUGCCGUCGGUGGAUUGACUUGGUGUUUCCUCGACUACCGCCUUGAGAAGAAGUGGAGCACCAUUGGCUUCUGCUCGGGCGUCAUCGCGGGACUGGUGGCUAUCACUCCGGCUGCUGGCUACGUACCUGCGUGGUCGGCCGUCAUCUUUGGCGUUGUUGGAGGUGCCGCAUGCAACUUUGCUACCAAGCUCAAGUUCCUACUGGGUAUUGACGAGGCUCUUGAUAUCUUUGCCGAGCACUGCAUUGGUGGAAUCGUGGGCAACCUUUUGACGGGUAUCUUUGCUGCCAACUACAUUGCACACCUUGACGGUGCGACCGAGAUCGACGGUGGCUGGCUCAACCAGAACUACAUUCAAUUCGCCUACCAGCUGGCCGACUGUGUGGCCGGCUUCUCGUACUCGUUUGUCAUGACAUGCAUCAUCCUCUUUCUCAUGAACCUGAUCCCGGGCCUGUCGCUCCGUGUGUCGGCCGCAGAGGAGAACAUGGGAUUGGACGACGCCCAGAUUGGAGAAUUUGCCUACGACUACGUAGAGCUGACCAGGCAUUUUGAGGAUGCGGCAGUGACGACACCGGCCGUGGGAAGCAGCCAGGGCAGCAUCAAGGAGCCAAAGACCAAGGAGGGCCAGGAGGUCAACAAGACCGAGACGACUGUCGUUUAAAAGUAAGCGUCUAGGGUGUUGACUGUACGGUGUUGGGGUCUGCAGGAGCCGAAAACUUCAAUUUCGUUUGCUUACUUUAAUAGAAAUUACGCGUUCUGGAUAUGGGCAAGAUACCAUUUCCUAGCAACGACAAUUAAUUUGAAUCUCUUUUGUUUGAAACAGGAAGUUAUAGAACCCAUGCAUUCAUGCAUUACGGAGAUGUGCUAUAGUUGUCGUCAGCUGUCUGAUGCAUGGGAAUGUGUUUCCAAACCUUAGUUGACAGCAUUGAUAGUUGACAAGACGUAGACAGGUACUCUGUAAAAAAAAUCAGGCAGGCAGCUUGUUGACAGAUGUGAGCCAAGGAUCACGGAUGGUAAAAUCCAAC